CAAUCUCUUUCAAUCUUAGAUCAUAUACAAUGAUGAUCUAAGCUUUCAAUAAACUUAUGGCAUGGUGUCGGUGUGGAGGAGUAGCAGUCCAUAUCUUAUUAUGUCUAUGCGAGUCGCAGACUUCAAAAACUGGUAACGGAUAGCACUGAUAGUGCCUUAUCACCUAGCCGGCAGCGGCAACCGCUUAUAAGAUAUAACUUAGAGACGUUCUUACGAUGUCCAGUUAAAAUAAUUAACCGUCAAUUAACUGGUGGAAUUUUGUCAGUAAAAAUCUCACUAAYCGUCGAUUAACCGUUAACGGACACUGAACCGACCUUAGAAGUUAGAAGUUAGAAUUUAAUAAUAUGCUUUAAUAGCCGUGUCCCUUAUAUUAUAAUUUAGCCGGUUUGGGACACAGGAAGUUUCUUCAGUUUCUUGAUACUUAUUCGUUUCUCGUCGUUGGUUAAGAUGUAACGGUGGAAGGAUAAUGCAAUUGAAUGCAAGCGGCAAACUACACAGUGCACAAGUGCAAAACGAAAACAACUUUAUCGGCAAUGCUUGAUACUAUGCAAUUAUGCUAGUGCUUACCAGGUCACGAAUGAGCUUAAUGACAAUUAGAGAUUAAUAUUCAUAAGAAAAUCUGCAGCACACGCAACCGGUACAUUUUAACGGAAUUGACAUGAUUUAUAAGGAAGCUUAGAGGACAGCAGAGACAGAAUGUGCCAUAGCCAUUAACACUUGAGCACCUUCACGCCGCACAUGUACAUGUAUUGUAUACUUAGUAAAUUCUGCUUAAAUUACUAGAAAUAAACAAUUUGUUCACUGUUGAAAAUUAUCUAUCAACCAUUAUCAAAAAACCCACUAACAUCUGGAUUGCUGGCAGCUCGCAUGCAACAUAUAUUUCAACCCUUUUUCUAUCAAAAAUCAAUUCCAAUGUUGGAUUAGAGAAGUAACCCAGAAAUGGAAGGAUUACUGAAGCCAAAAAUACUUCAAGUGGAUUUGUUCAUUAACAAAAUACCAUUUAUUGAAGAUGUUAUGAUACUGAUUUCAGAUGUGUGUGUUGUCGUUGCCACUAAUGUUGAAUCUAUUCUCAGGUAUUGAAGUCAACAUAAGUACUAGUAGUAUAUCAGAAUCAAAGGGAGAUGAUCCAGCUCAUAUUACAAAGAAUAACAAAUUUAUUCAAAUACUUCCUGAACAGAUAUUAAACAUAGUCAAAGAGAGGAUGAUAAACUGAUAAUGAACAAACACUGAAUAAUAUGCAACUUUUGCAUUAAUAUUAUCCAAACAAAUCUUCAAAAAAAUUAUUUUUCUUGCGGAAUUCAUUGUGUAGCUGAUAAAGAUUGCUUAUUGUAGAUCCAAUAUUGAAACAAUGUUGACAUGCUGGCAUCAAUAUAUAGUAUAUUGUGAACCAAAAUGUCAAAACAUAGCUUAAUACAGUGGCAUAGCCAGGAGGAGGGCUGAAAGGGAUGCAGCAAUAAUGGUAAUAGUUGCGAAAAUGAGGUUGAUGAAGACCUUGAGGAUGGAGAGAUUUUUGAUGAAGAUGAUACUGAGAUGGUUGAAUCUACUGAACAAAAUACAGAGCCUAAACUAUCUAAAGAAAAUUGUCUCGGAGAAGGUGCUAAAGAAAAAGAUUUUGAGCCUCCAUGGGAAAUGGAACAAAGACCUCAACAAUCUUCUCAUAAACAAAUGAUACACUCCCCUUUACAUAAAAAUUUUGCUGGAUUUAAUAACGGCAGACCUAGGGAUAGAUUUCCUAGAAAUAAAGGGACUGUAAUGAAACGAGAUGUUGGUUAUCAAAUGGAUGAUGAUAGACCUAGACGUAAAAGACGUARAUUUGAUCAAAGUGAUGAAAAAGAACAACCCAUAAUGAGAAAUAAUCAAAAUGGCUUAUUUAAUAGAAGAAAAAACAUUGAUCCACCAAUAGAACCUGUUGAGUCUGGUAAUGAUGAAGAAAUGCCAUAUGUAAGAGGAACCAACAGUCCUGACAUUUCAAGCUUUGAGUCAUUUGCUCAAGAAUUUGAAAAUGACGAAGAAUUUCGCCCUUCAAAUAACUUCGGCCGUAGAGGAAGAGGUAGACGUGGUGGUGGUAGCGAUAUGGAUAGACGAAAUAGGGGUAUGCCUAUGAAACGAAGAAUGAUUGCUGGAUCAGCAAUGAAAAAUAAACGAUCUGAAGACGAAGAAAAAGUUUGUCAAUAUUUCCUUCAAGGGAAAUGUCUUAAAGAAAAUAAUUGUACCUAUUCUCAUCAACAACCAAAUGGUCGUAAAAUGGAAUUGUGUAAGUUUUAUUUAAUGGAUUGUUGUAGUAAAGAAGAUCGAUGUACAUUUAUGCAUAGCGAGUUUCCUUGCAAAUACUAUCAUACUGGCAUGAAGUGUUAUUCAGGUGUAAACUGUCGGUUUAGUCAUGCCAAGCUUGAUGAAGAUCAAAAAAAAAAAUUAUUGAAGUCUUUUGGAAAAUUACGGUACGAUCCACCAGAGUAUGAAAAUGAAAAUCAAGAUUUUAAGAACGAUUUUGAAGAGGAACCAAAACCACCACCCUCCACAGAAACUAAUUUUGUAUCCAAAAAUGAUAAAAGUAAAAUUCCAUCAUUAUUGGAAAUGCAAAUACCUGUACCUCCUGAAUUAAAAAGCACUGAGAAAAACUCAGAUGAAGAUCAAGAGGCUAAUAAUAACAACAACAAUAACAGUAGUACACCAAUGCCAUCGCCUUCACAAGAAGAGCCUAUGGUUGAUGACAUAUUUGAUAUCAACGAAACUGAACAAGUACCAAAUGGUCUUCAAAAUAAUCGCUCAAUAUAUAAACCUAGAAAAUAUCAAAAACACAAAGAUAGCAAAGAAAGACAAAAACAAGAAAAGGAUAUUAGGAAGAAACAAAGAGAAGAGAGACAUGAAGAAAAAAGGAUAGAAAAAAACCGACAACGAAAAGAAGACUUGUCCAUACAGACUAACGAUCAUCCUUUAUUAGAUGAUCUAAGUGAUGAUGAUGAAUUUAAUGAUCUUGUUAUUGAUGAAGAAAAAUUCCAAAAUGAUGUCAAAGAUCAAUUGCUACCAAAAAAACAGAAAGAGCUAUUAAAACGAAUUCAAGUCCAUCAAAAAUAUUAUAAUGAAACAGAUUUAAGUGAAGAUCAUUAUAGUCAAGAGGAGCAUUAUUCUAGUGAUGUUUCAGAGCAUUCAGUUUCUACACCCAUAAAUAAUCCAUUAAAUAAUUUUCAAAAUGAAGAAAAAGAACAGUCACCGACAAAUUCUUUAUCUAAGUCAAACUCAUCAAAAGUUGAACAAGUUAAUCUUGAUAAAAUUACUAUAAGUGAUGAUAUGGCUAAACUACUCAACACCAUAAAAGCAUGUGUUGAUAAAUCAACAACAGUAGAUCAACAUUCUCCAUUUCAUUUACCAGCAUUGGAACAGCCUUAUAAUUUUGAAGAAACUAUUCAAGAAAAAAAAAGUAUUAUUGAAGAAUCUCCUGCUAGUCCUACUACUAGUGAUGGUUGUGCUGUGGAAUUUGGAAAAUCAGAUGUAGAUCUAAGACAACUGCCAUUUCAAUUUCCUGUUGCAGCAGCUACCGAGAUAGAUGCUUCUCUUGAUAGUCAUCCACCAAUGAAAUAUCAUAUGUCACCAACCCAAGUGUCUGUACCAGAUUACUCUAAAAUUCCACCUACGAUGGGAAUUGAUGAUCCAAGACUUAAACGUAGUAUAACAGCAGCGAGGGAUCCAAUGUUUGUUCAAAAUGUCCCUACUACUGUUAGCGCAGUUACUGUUAGACCAGCAGUGGCUCCUCAAAAAAGUUCUACCCGAGAUCCUAGAAAACCACAACAAGAUGUUAACACCUGUGCAUCAGCUAUUCGAACUCCACUUCUACCAACACCUAAUCCAAUUCAACCUCGGCCCAUGGAUAGUGAUAUGAGGCAUAUGCCUCCACCUAUAAUGUGUCCACAAAUGAUGGCGGUACCUAAUGAUCCACGCAGGAAACCAAUGGUUCCUGGAGAUCCUAGACAAAGGCAUCGUUUUGAUGUGGACCAAAGAAUAAAUAAUAUAAAUUAUUUUUAAUUUUAUAAUUAUUUAAUAAUGUUUAAACUUUAUUCUUCUUAAAUUAUCUAUUCUUGGACUUUUUGUUCAAUUUUUUUAAUAUUAUGUUAUGUACACUUAUUCAAUUACUUACUAGUAAACAAUUAAAUAACAAUGACUGAUUUGUUUUUUUGUAGUUGAAAUCUUAAUACUAUUGUUAUUAAGACUGUUGCAAGGAAAAUUAAGUGAAAAUUAAGUGAAAUGUAAUAGAUGAUUAAGUUUUAAAUUAGUGAAAACAUUUUAUUAUUUUAAGGGAUCAUUUGUUUUAUAUCAAUGACAGUACUACAUUAGUUCUUAACAUAGAUAUAGGUGAUUUAUUUUGUAAAUUAAAAAUGGACAUAAUUUGUAAGUUAUGAAAUAAUAUUUUUUUUAUGUACCCGAGUGCUUUAUUUUAUCAUUGUUAUACCAUAGUUGAGUAUUACAAAAUUAGUAUAACUAAAAUACAUAAAUACUGUUAUGUAUAUUUUGAGUUAUGUAGCUGUAAUUUUGUUGUCUAUUUUUGAAGUAUUCKCUUCAUUAUACAUAAUGCGAUACCUAUUUAGCUGUUGUACACAGUGACUAAAAGUAUUAAUACAUUAUAUUUAUGAUAUUGUAUAGAAAUACAUUUCUGUUUAUUUAUGCCUGUUGUUAGUA